AUGGACAACAUCGAGACGCAGCUGAUUUGGGACAUCCCGGAUCCUGCUGCCAAAGAUGUGAUUCUGGAGGAGCCGGAGAUGGAGAAGCGAGCCCCGGUCCACGCAGUGGCACCGGAUCUAAAGAUUUCAGAGGAAGCUCUGGCCGAGUUUGGAGCAGACUUGGAGGAAGCCAAGGUUACCGGAGCUGUGGCAGAGCAGCUGGAGGUGUCGAAGGCGGCACGCUUGGCUGCAGCGCAGGACAAGGUGGACGCGGCGGCCAAGAAGGACAACACCAAGACGGUGGCCAAAGGCUCCAAGAUCAAGACAGCCCCGGAGCCAGCCCCAGAGCGAGCAGAGAACAGCAACACAGACCCAGACGGCAGCAGCGCAGGCAAGUACGAUUGGGCGACCAAGGCUACAGAGCUGAAGGCUGCUGGGGUGCCGAUCCUGCACAACUUCCAGGGCCAAGCCAAGAGCUACACAUUGUCUGCUGCGGAAUACCAUGGAAUGGGUGAGAACUGGGAUGCCGGGUCUAUCAGUGUAUUGUGA